UCUCUCUCUCGCUCUCUCCGGUCAUCGACUCGUUCUCUCUCGCCUGUCUCUGUCUUACUCUUGCUCUGCGGUCGGAGAUAGAGAAUCGUAUUGGGAACCCUAAGUCUCGGCUUUCCGUCUGCUCGUGUGCUAUUUGCUUGACGGAGCUGGCUGCUGGCGAGAUGACCAUGAAGCAAGUUGAAUCCUGAAAAAUCUCCUAACUGGCAGACUGUUCACCAUGCCUGCCUUGAUGAAUCAGAUGAGCUUGGCUAAAUUAAUAUGCUGAACUGAAAUGAAGACCUCACAGGAACCUCAGGGUACACCUGAAGUACAACCAUCAUCAGAAGCUUCACAUGAUUUACAAGGUGACCAUCAAAAUUCCCCAGUUGUUGAAGCUCCUAAAGCAGAAUCAGGUUCAGCAUCAGUUGCAAGCAGUAAUAGUAGAAAGGUUUCUCGUGAAGACAUUGAACUUGUGCAAAACUUGAUAGAACGAUGUCUACAGCUGUAUAUGAAUAGAGGGGAGGUAGUUCGGACUCUGUCCAGCCGUGCUAGGAUAGAACCUGGUUUCACAACACUAGUAUGGCAGAAACUGGAAGAAGAAAACUCAGAAUUUUUCAGAGCUUAUUAUAUAAGGCUGAAGCUGAAGAAACAGAUCAUUUUGUUCAAUCACUUGCUGGAGCACCAGUACCAUCUUAUGAAGUAUCCUGUCCAGCCUAAGGUUCCACUGACUCCAAUUCAAAAUGGAAUCCACCAUAUGCCUGUUAAUUUACCUAUGGGGUAUCCAGUUCUGCCGCAGCACCCAAUGCCACCUACAGUUCAGCCUCAUGUUGACCCCAUGGGUUGUGGACUGUCCAGCUGUCAUGUGGUCAAUGGUAUUCCUGCUCCAGGCAGUUUUCAUCCCAUUCGCUUGAAUUCUGGAACCAAUGGCACAACUGAAGCCACUCAUACAGCCCCUCCAUGCAGUGCAUCUAUGUCUGAGAUGGCUGUGAGUCCUGCCUCAGUGGCAUCAAGCAAUCAUUUUCCUUUCACACCCGAGAUCUCUGGGAUAGGCAUGGAUGCAUCAGCACUUGAUACGAGCUUCCCAUCUGACGUGGCAAAUUCUGGAGAGCUGCACCUAGGACCAGAUGGUGUGGGAUCCUCAAGAGACUCAAUUAGAUCAUUAGGACAUCUGUGGAAUUUCAGCCUUUCAGAUCUAACAGCAGAUUUGACAAAUUUAGGAGAAGACCUUGGAGUUUUGGGAGACUACGAUGGUUCUCCUUUCUUACCAUCAGACUCGGAUAUCUUGCUCGACUCCCCAGAACAAGAUGAUAUAGUUGAAGAAUACUUUGCGGACAUUGCCACAGGAUCAUGCUCUCACCAAUCAGAUGAAGAAAAAUCUUAAAGAUGAACUAGUGAGACCAUUUUGCAUCAUCGCAUUUUUUAUAAUCUUCACGACUAGAAUGAUGGUUCUCCAUAUAUAUCAGAAGUUUACAGCAGUUAAAGAUCCAUAGCUGAGAUGGCCUAAUCUGUUUGCCACUGAUAGAACAGAGGACAGAAUAAUAUUAUUCAUAUCCAUAGAUUGUUUAUGCUGCAACAUCAAAAAGUAAAACCACCCCGUAAGUCAAUAACUGAAAUGUAAGUGUAGAUUGCUGCUAACUUUAGUUACUUUUUAGCAGCAUUAGCAUUAUUGUUAUGGCAGUCUGUAUGAGUGACCAAGCUUGCAAUGACCAGGUUUAAAUUAGCU